AUGGGAGGGCAGGCGCGCCGGCGCGCGUCCAUUGGUCAGCUCGGCGAGGGGAGGAGCUGCUGCCUCCGGGGUGCCCCCGCCGCCGCCGAGAUGAGCUUCAGCCGCCUGUGCCGCCUGCUGAAGCCAGCGCUUCUGUGUGGUGCUCUUGCCGUGCCCGGCGUGGCCAGCACCAUGUGCGCCUCCCGUGAUGACUGGCGCUGUGCUCAGUCAAUGCACGAUUUCUCAGCCAAGGACAUCGACGGGCGCAUGGUUAACCUGGACAAGUACCGGGGCUUCGUGUGCAUCGUCACCAACGUGGCCUCGCAAUGA